CAGGAAGAAGCACACUGCCAAGUGGACGCCGGCGUGCAGCAUGGUCGCUUGAGACGGAAGCCUCUGCGUCUGCUAGAGUCACUGGAGGAAGGAACAUGCAGCCCUAGCUGCUCUCCCAGGAAGAGAGUCACAGAAUGGCAGCCCAGCGGAUCCGAGCUGCCACCUCCAGUGGGCUCCCUCGGUGCAAGUCCGAGGGGACCUUGAUCGACCUGAGUGAAGGGUUUUCAGAGACGAGCUUUAAUGACGUUAAAGUGCCUUCUCCCAGUGCCUUGCUCGUAGACAGCCCCACACCUUUUGGAAACGCAAAGGAAGUGAUCGCAAUCAAGGACUAUUGCCCAACCAACUUCACCACCCUGAAGUUCUCCAAGGGCGACCACCUCUACGUCUUGGACACAUCGGGUGGCGAGUGGUGGUACGCACACAACACCACCGAAAUAGGCUACAUCCCUUCCUCCUACGUGCAGCCCUUAAACUACCGGAACUCAACAUUAAGCGACAGCGGUAUGAUUGACAAUCUCCCAGACAGCCCAGACGAAGUGGCCAAGGAGUUAGACCUGCUGGGGGGAUGGGCAGAUGACAAGAGAGGAUCGGGCAAAACCUAUAGUAAUAACCCUUUCUGGAAUGGGGUCCAGACAAAUCCAUUUCUGAAUGGGAAUGUGACCGUGAUGCCCAGCUUGGAUGAGCUGAAUCCCAAAAGUACUGUGGAUUGGCUGCUUUUUGACACCGGCACGUCCUCGUUUACUGAAUCCAGCUCAGCGACCACAAAUAGCACCGGCAACAUCUUUGACGAGCUUCCGGCCACCAGUGGACUCCAUGCAGAGCCUCCGGUCAAGCGGGACAACCCCUUCUUCAGGAGCAAGCGCUCCUACAGUCUGUCAGAACUCUCUGUCCUCCAAGCCAAGUCCGAUGCCCCCACGUCAUCGAGUUUUUUCACGGGCUUGAAGUCCCCCGCCCCCGAGCAGUUUCAGAGCCGGGAGGAUUUUCGAACUGCAUGGCUGAACCACCGGAAGCUGGCCCGGUCUUGCCACGACUUGGAUUUGCUUGGCCAAAGUCCCGGUUGGGGCCAGACCCAAGCUGUGGAGACGAACAUCGUGUGCAAGCUGGAUAGCUCCGGGGGUGCUGUGCAGCUUCCCGACACCAGCAUCAGCAUCCAUGUGCCCGAGGGCCACGUGGCCCCUGGGGAGACGCAGCAGAUCUCCAUGAAGGCCCUGCUGGACCCUCCGCUGGAACUCAACAGCGACAAGUCCAGCAGCAUCAGCCCCGUGUUAGAAGUCAAGCUCAGCAACCUGGAAGUGAAAACUUUUAUCAUGUUGGAGAUGAAAGUUUCAGCCGAGGUAAAAAAUGACAUUUUUAGCAAAAGCACAGUGGGCCUCCAGUGCCUGAGGAGCGACUCAAAGGAAGGGCCAUAUGUCUCCAUCCCGCUCACCUACAGCUAUGGGGACACGGUCCAGGUGCAGCUGGACAACCUAGAGCCCUGCAUGUACCUGGCUAUUGUUGCCCACGGCCCAAACAUCCUCUAUCCUUCCACCGUAUGGGACUUCAUCAAUAAAAAAGUCACCGUGGGUCUCUAUGGUCCCAAACACAUCCACCCAUCCUUCAAGACAGUGGUGACCAUUUUUGGGCAUGAUUGUGCCCCAAAGACUCUCCUGGUCAGCGAGGUCACCCGCCAGACCCCCAGCCCUGCCCCAGUGGCCUUGCAACUGUGGGGUAAGCAUCAGUUCAUUUUGUCCAGGCCCCAAGACCUCAAAGUCUGCAUGUUUUCCAACAUGACCAAUUACGAGGUCCGAGCCAGCGAGCAAGCCAAGGUCGUGAGAGGCUUUCAGAUGAAGCUGGGCAAGGUGAGCCGCCUGAUCUUCCCCAUCAUCUCCCACAACCCCGGCGAGCUCUCCGACUUCACGCUCAGGGUGCAGGUGAAAGACGACCAGGAGGCCAUCCUGACCCAGUUUUGCGUGCAGACUCCUCAGCCACCCCCCAAGAGUGCCAUCAAGCCGUCCGGGCAGAGGAGGUUUCUCAAAAAGAACGAAGUAGGGAAAAUCAUUCUGUCCCCCUUUGCCGCCACCACGAAGUACCCGACUUUCCAGGACCGCCCGGUGUCCAGUCUCAAGUUCGGCAAGUUGCUGAAGACCGUGGUGCGACAGAACAAGAACCACUACCUGCUGGAGUACAAGAAGGGCGACACGGUCGCGCUGCUCAGCGAAGAGCGCAUCCGGCUGAAGGGGCAGCUGUGGACCAAGGAGUGGUACAUCGGCUACUACCAGGGCAAGGUCGGCCUCGUGCACGCCAAGAACGUGCUGGUGGUGGGGAAGGCCAGGCCCAGCCUGUUCUCAGGGCCCGAGCUGAGCACCUCGGUGCUGCUGGAGCAGAUUCUCAGGCCCUGCAAGUUCCUCACCUACAUCUAUGCCUCGGUGAGGACCCUGCUCAUGGAGAACAUCAGCAGCUGGCGCUCCUUCGCCGACGCCCUGGGCUACGGGAACCUGCCACUCACCUCUUUCUGCCGCGCAGAGCUGGACAGUGAGCCCGAGCGGGUGGCAUCCGUUCUGGAAAAGCUGAAGGAGGACUGUAACAACAUGGAGAACAAAGACCGCAAGUCCUUCCAGAAGGAGCUCGUGAUGGUAAGUGCAGGGCAGGGGUCUGGAUUUACAGGGACAGGGCUCAGUUGA